AUGUUCCCUUCGGCCUGUACCGGCCUCGUCUUACGACUACUGGAUUUCACAUCUAGGACGUGGUUCUGCAUGUGUGGUCCCCACUCCAACUGCAUAUCUUCUUCUAUCGGAAGACCUGUCCAUCCCCCAGAUCCGGCGAGGUCGCGAGGACUCAGAACGGGCUCGCACCUUGUCCAAGUCCCCCCUCCUGCCGAGGACGACCAAGUCAUCGCAUCCAGGCGAGAUAUAAUAGCCGAUGGGCUUUCGAUCCUCGGAAACUCUUUUUCGAGGACAAGGUUUCCAGGACCCCACACAAGGGCCACAGCUUCGAGGCAGGCUGCAGCUCGAGCUGCAUAUGUCGUGAUGUGCAGCACUGCAGCAGCAGCAGCAGCCUGCUUCGCUGCAACGUGCAGGGUCGCCGCCCAGCAAAUGGGAGGGUGGCAAAGUAGCCUCAAGUCUGGGUCGUCGACGGUCAUGGACGGUCGUGCACCUGGCCCUCUGGGCCCUACGGAGAAUGGCCCUGGGAGCGCCGUCCGCCGCGAAAGUUUUUCUUCAGGGGUCGAUUGGGUUAAGGGGCUAGCUGCUGAGCAGGUCCAGGCUAGAGAAGUGUCCAAGAGACUUGGCUGCUGGUCGAGGAGUGUUCUUGGGAGCUAGUCUAGCUAGAGCGGUGCCAGCCUUGAAGCGGACGGUUUUGCAUCGAAAAAGAUUUUGUCCCGGCUCGCUGACUGGCUGCGGCGCCGGCAGGGAACCACCCCGCACCGAGGGUUCGUGUGAAAAAAUGACACAUUGCCCAUCGUCCCAUUCUCGUUGCAGCCAAUCACGGGCUCUGGAUAUCAAGAUUGCAGUGUGAUCCUGGUGGGAGAGGAGCCCUUCUCCCCUGUCGUGGACCCCCCCCCCCC